AUGAAAUUCCUUAUUAUAUUGGUUGUUUUGUUAACAAUAACAGGCAGAACCCAAGCUGCUCUAACAGCUGCAGAGAAAACCUUAAUUCUCAAUACUUUUAACGGAUGGAGAGAUAAUGCUUUACCAAUUCCAACCACUGAUCUUUCUACUUUGACUUGGAAUACCGCUUAUGAAACCAAUUUGCAGAACUAUGUGAACACUUGUGCCACCAGUUUUUCACCAUUCUCAAAGAGUGCCAAAGUAGCUGAAUUCGUUGUAACUUUCUCUGGAACUUGGAACCUCCAAGUAAUCUUGGACUACAUUGGAGGUACUGCCGCCAAUUAUAAUUUCGACACAAAAUCAUGUGCCUCUGGAAAAUCUUGCUUACACGAAUACACUGUCGUUGCCAAAGGUAAGACAGCUGCAUGUGCUGUCAACAAGUGUGGUACAACCUACCGUUUCUACUGUGACUUUGAUCCAGUCGGACCAUACAGGGGAGUAAAUCCAUACCCAACUCCAACUCCAAACCCAUCUCCAACUCCAACUCAAACACAAACCACCAAACCAACUUCAACCCCAACCCAAACUCAAACAACAAAACCAACACCAACACCAACACAAACCCAAACCACUUCUCCAACAUCAAAGACCAUCAAUUGGCAAUCGAAAUCAACACCAGUCAGAGAUCAAGGUCAAUGUGGAAGUUGUUACAUCUUUGCUGCCAUUGCCAACUCUGAAGCUAGAUAUGUUAUCAAGACUGGUGCCAACCCUGCAACAGUCGAUUUCUCUGAGCAAGAAGGUUUGAACUGUAUCUCUGGUGGUUGUAACGGUGGUUGGCCAACUACAGUGUACAAUACCUUCAAGACCACUGGAUAUGGACCAGAGUCUGCCAACAAAUACACUGGUGUUCAAACAACUUGUACUCAGACUGCCACUCCACGUGUAUCCUUUACUGGUUUCACUCAAACUGCCAAAACCAAAGAUGCUUUAAUCGCUGCCUUACAGACUGGACCAAUUGCAAUCGCACUCCAAGCUGAUGAUGGUUUCCAAAGUUACAGCAGUGGUAUCUAUAAUUGUCCAACCAAAUAUACCUCUGUCAACCAUGCAGUAACAUUAACCGGUUAUGAUGAAGCAACUGAUUCCUGCGGGGUAUAUUUAUUUGAGAAUUCAAUCAAAACAGUAGAUUUGUAUUUUAUAAUUACAAAUCAAUGUUCCAAUCAACUACUGUCUUCCGCAACUGUCUUCUCAAACACCAAGCUAUUUAAGAUUAGAAAAUCUAAUAAACAAUCCAUUCAUUAUUUACUGAUUGAAAAGGGGAUUAGACUAAGUCGAGUCAGACCAGUCGUAGGACCAUACCUCAUCGAUCGUAUAGAGGUUGGUUUGAAUGGUGAUCAUACAGAAUAUGACAGGCGAUUGGUUGUACAAUCCUUACAUUAUCUCAUUUCCAUUGACACUGUCACUUCUGCGUCAUAUCAAUCCUCAAACGAUAGACAAGGACGUACUGAUCAAGCGAUCCGACUAAGACUUACAUCAAAGAAGAAUGACAUUCUAGAAGCAGCACACAGAGAGCUAUUAAGGAAGCAUCCAUUGAAGAUCCCUUACAUGAAUGUACAGUCUAUCACUUGGUCAGGAAGAUUGACACAUGGAGUCAUGACAGAGAUACCUAUUCAAGUGGAUGCACUCUGCACGAUGAUGUGUAUCUUUAUCAGACAUGACAAGUCACCAGCAGGUAUGGAUGCAUUCUCACCGUUCUGGAGACAUGACUACGAUAGUACCUAUCUACUGGCUUUACCUUGCAGAGCAUCCAUUGCAAGUCGUCAAGGAUUAUUCAAGAGCAAAUGUACAUCUGGAUCAAAGACUACAAAGAUUGAGAUCAACUCUGACAGUAUCGCUCCUCAACCUGCAACAGCAACAGUGGACAGUCCAACCAACCAACUAGAAGUACGCGUCAUCACUGAGAUAUAUUUAAUAUACACUGAUUCUAAAAUGACACCAAAGAAGAUCAUUCUCAAUGCGCAAGAACUCAGAUCAAGAGAUCCAAGACAGUAUGGAGUUGUUGGAUCAACACCUGGAGAUAAUGGAUAUGUAAAGAAUGGAUGGAAGAAGGCAGUUUCAGAUUCAGCAAACAAGUAUAGACGCGAUACUGGUAAAGCAAGAACUAUCAGGUCAAUGAAGAAGCAGAACAUGGCACCAGAAGUCAAGAAGGAGUACAGAAGAUACAUCCACGAGUUGAGAGACUUGAAACGCGAGUACUCACCCAAGACCAAUGGCUUCGUUAGAGCACCAAAGGUACAUGUCAACAGCAAGAAGGCACCUCCAAUCAAUCACAUACAAUUACGUUCUUACAACAAGUAG